GGAACUACAGACGUUGCUGUGCAGCGCAGCCGCAGUACGUGUUACGGGGUCGAAGGAGCGCAUCCUGAAUGAUUCCCGGACCCCUGCAGUUGAGUUGUCGACGGAAACGAACGGAGAAACACAAUCCCGCUCUUCACCUUCAAUAGAACUGGGAAUUUAAAAUGGGAGAGCGGGUGAAUAACUUUCCUCCCCUGCCUCAGUUCAUGAGAAUAAAGCCAUGCUUUUACCAGAACAUUGAAGAAGAAAUCCCUGCACCCCACCAACAGUUGGUGCGCAGAGUCUAUACACUUUGGAUGAUGUAUUCGGGCACACUGUGCAUAAAUGUCAUCUCAUGUAUUGCUUGGUGGGCUGGCGGAGGUAAUGCCAUUAAUUUUGGCUUCUCCCUACUGUGGCUCAUCCUCUUCAGCCCGUGCAGUUACACAUGCUGGUUCAGACCACUCUACAAAGCCUUCAGGGCUGACAGCUCGUUCAACUUUAUGGCCUUCUUCUUUAUCUUCUUUCUGCAGUGUGUCUUGGCCCUCAUCCAGACUAUAGGCAUCUCUGGCUGGGGAACAUGUGGCUGGAUUGCCACAGUGAUGUUUUUCAGCUAUAAUGUGGGCUCUGCUGUAGUGAUGCUUAUCACAACUCUGCUCUUCACUGUGGUGACUGCUUUAAUGGCACUGGUUCUCAUUAGGGUGCACAGAAUGUACCGUGGCGGUGGAGGUAGCAUGUCGCGAGCUCAGGAAGAGUGGAGCACUGGUUUGUGGAAGAGUGCUCCAGUGAGGGAAGCAGGGUUCAAUGCCGUAGCUCAGUCUGCCCAGGGCCCGAGCUUGCCUCAGUACCCUGCCGCAGUGCCGAGCUAUCCAGACAACAGCCACUGGUGAUAGCUGAGAGUCACCUCUAGAUGGAGACAGAUAGUCAGCCUUCUGUUUUUGUGGUGAAGAGUUCCAUAUCAUUUCAAAGUUCAAGGAAGAAAAGAAAGUAUAAAUGAAACCUUUUUUUUAAUGAGAGGAAAGGAUAUCUGUAAAAAAAAGUCUUAUCAAAUUGCUUUGCCAUACAUUCCCUACUCUUGCAGUAGAGGGUUUUCUUUGAGAUAUAUCGUUCUAUUUCAACUUUGUUUACAUAGAAUUUCUUAAAAUCAAACAGAACUACUGUUUUAUGCUUCAAAAGACAUUUGCUUAGGAAAAUGUUUAGUCUUACAGGUAUGCAAAUGGAAACUCUAAAAGUGAUGAACUGUUUGAAAUGAGCUGUAUAUGAAAGACGUGUGCCUUAUGGACCUUUAUGAAAGCAUUGUUUUAUGUAUUGCUCUGAUCUGCAUGCUUCAAACUGGUAUGCUUUUUUUGCAACUCCAAGGUUUUUACCCGCAUGGUGGAUUUAUUUUUCAGGUUGUAUGUAUUCUGGCAGGACUUCAGUUUAUUUUUGAUAUACUGUGCCUUUUAUCACAUGUACUUGCCUGCUUUGGCUGUGAUCUCCCAAAAUGCGCCUCAAUAUUGCAUGCAAGUUUUGCAUGUGAAAAGUCACUUGCUUGACUAUCACCUUUUAUAAGUGCCACUUUUUUAAACUGGACUUGAGCUUCAAAGAAGCAGCGUGUGACGACACAAAGGAUGUUAGUGCAUUAACCUCUGAAGUCACAGUGGUCUCUCACUGAGCACAGAUGUGCCAAAAAACUUGCCUCUUUCCAUUAUUAUGAUACUGGAAAAAAUCACAUCCAAAGUCGAUGUUGUUUUGUACUCUGUGUCAGUAUUUCUCAGUUUCAAUAAUUGAAAAGCUGCACUCUUUGCUUUUGGUGGUCAGCGCCCUGCUGUGAAAGCACCUUAUCAGCAGCUGUCAACGUUCCAGUCACUUUCACUUUCACCCAGAUAGACCAUUCUUUGUGUUUGGUAUCUAGGGAGUGCUUGCAUGCAGCACAUUGCAUGGAAGUAACCAAUACUAAAAUGACUACGAAUAGAUCAGUAGUAAUGUGAAUGCUAGCAUGUAAAUGUGGAGUGAUGUUCCAAGUAUGGCCAAAACAAACUGAUGUAUCAGUAAAGAGUCCGUUUAAAUUCACUGAAGGUGGAUUUCCGUGGAGGUGAUGUAACACGUCAGCUACAUUAUCAAGCCUUUAUAGAGAUCAGACAUUGACCGAGUGUAAAGAUGUCUGUCUGCUCCUGAGUUUCACCAUGUUUGUUUUCUUUACUUUUUUUUUUACAAAAGCAAACUGCCAUGAUUGUUAUUUUGAUCUGUUAUCUGGUAAAUGACAACAUGAAAUGAAUAUAUAUAACCUUGAAAUACUGCAAAAUUUCAUUAAAUAUUCUUAUUCUCACUAUA